AAUAGCCGUCAAAGAGAAUGUACUAAACGAUAAUAAAUUGCUUGCGCAUGCAGAGACACAGUAUGGCCCCAGAUAACCGGUACACCUCAGGGAGAAGACUUGUACUGUCGAUCCUAUGCCUACAAGCUAUUUGUCUUCAGGUUACCAGCGAGUGUGAUCAGACGUUUGUAAGUAGACCCGGAGGUCCAAUGAACGGAACAUUCUACGCUCCGGAAUUCGAGAACCCUCGUGGUCACUCAAGAAACUGCGUCUACACAUUUCUCGCGGGACCCGGACAAAGGGUUCAAGUUACCUUCAUCAGUUUCAACCUCAGAGGUCGACCGCCAGAUGGAGCUGCUGUUGGAGAUCUCCCUGCUUGUAUUCACGAAUACAUGGACAUUUAUGCGGAGGUGUUGCAACCGAAUCCAGCGGAAUUGGUGAAUACACCUUUUGGCGGAAGAUACUGUGGGCAAAUACGACCGAGAACAAGAGUAUCUCUUUAUAGGGCGAUGGCUCUCUCCUACCAUACGGAUAAGAAUGCUUCAACAAAUGAUAUAUUUAUGGGAAAAUAUGAGUUUAUUAAUGACACUGAAUUUGAAGUUGGUACGCCUUUAGCUGGAGGACCAUGUAAUUUUUUGGUUAAAGGAUCGGUGAAACACACAGGAUCAAUAUUAACGCCGACCUAUCCUGGUGCCUAUCCUAAAGCACUGCACUGCUCUUACCAAUUCCUUGGUAGUCCUGGAGAAAGAAUCCGACUGGAAUUUAGAGAUUUCGAUUUGUUUUUUGGAGGGCCUCAUUGUCCUUUUGACUAUGUGAAAGUCUACGAUGGACCGGAUAAUAGUUCAGCUGUGAUUGGUACCUACUGUGGUCAACAACGUAAUUUAGUAAUUUAUUCGUCAGAAUCCACCCUUCUUGUUGCAUUCGUCACACUCCCACGCACUGCCAAUACUCAAAACCGAGGAUUCAAAGGAAUUUUUGAGUUCUCAAAUUCAUUCACUAAACUAGAUUUCAUAAAAAACGAUGGGGAGCACAUCCGAGGUACCGAGUGUGAUCAAAAAAUUCUGAGUAAAAAAGAAUCCAGCGGCGUUGUCGUUAGUCCAAACUAUCCAUUUCCAUAUAUGCCUAAAUUGGUUUGCAGAUAUUUCAUAUAUGGUAUGCAAGAUUCUCAGCACUUGGAAAGGGUGCGGUUGGAUUUUGUGAUGUUCGAAGUACCAAAAGGACCCAAAGGAGAUUGUUCCGAUGGAUAUUUGAAAAUCUACUUAAAAGGCCAGGAGACUACGGAUUCAUAUGACAAGUUCGACUAUGAAAUGUGCGGAGAAAAUACGAAACCUACACUCGUGGUUUCCGAUGGUCCCAGAUUAGUGAUGGUGUUCAGUAGUGGAGAACUUAUGGGUCGGGGUUUCAAAGCCAACUAUUCUUUUGAGACUGAAUAUAGAAUUCCUGGUACUGCAGCACCGGAUGGUUCCUGUUCGUUCACGUAUUUGAGCACCAGUAAAAAGAAGGGGGAAUUCAAUUCUCCUCGAUAUCCUUCGAAUUAUCCAAGCGACACCAAUUGCACCUAUCUCUUUUUGGCCACUAAUAACGAACAGGUCACUUUAGUUUUUGACAAUUUCAAAAUACGCGCAGACGAUGUUAAUGCAUCUAUUGGUUCCUAUGGAACUACUCUUUGUCAAGAAGAUUGGAUCGAAAUAUUUAACGUCUACCGUGAUGGUUCAGAAACGAAAAUUGGGAGAUAUUGUCAAACAUCCGCACCUGGACCCAUAGAAUCUCCAAGAGGCGCUACUGGACUGAAAAUUGUCCUUCAUUCGGAUUCUGAAGGCGUUUAUAGCGGUUUCAAAGCAAGGUAUAGUUUCGACACUGCGAAAUCUAUUUUUGGCGAUUGCGGCGGUAAUGUUAGUAGUUUGGAUUCAGGCGAAAUUAGUAGUCCCAAUUUUCCGAAAAAUUACGAAGCUCCGUCAAAGAAUCAAACUUCGAGAAGCUGCAACUGGUAUAUAACUGUCAGACCGAAAUAUAAAGUGUUGUUGGUUUUCGAGAAGUUUGGAAUUGAGGGAGAUCCUCAAACGCGAGGAUGUCCUGCUGCGGUAUUUAGGCUGUGGACUGAUGUUUCCUCUACCCCCAUCGAACUUUGUGGUGAAAAAGGUAUAAACGAUAAGUGGCAGUACGUUUCUACAUCCAAUGCGAUGAGGUUUAGCUUCAUAACGGCUGACAAAGCUGUUGGUGCUCAAGGAUUUCGAGCGGUCUGGACUGAAGUGAUAGAAGGACCAAGCUGCGACGAAUUCCAAUGCGUUAAGUCGGGGUUCUGCAUUCCCGACAAAUUACGGUGUAACAAGGUCAAUAAUUGUGGAGCAGACGACGAAUCAGACGAGGAGGAUUGUACGUCAAACGAACAAUCUAAAGAGAAAUUUCGUCUUUCCUGGUUAAUAGCCAUCGCCGUUAUUUUGCUCAUAUUGGUAUUCCUUUGCAUCAUUUGCCACAGAAAAAGAAGAAGACGUCGAAGAAGAGCAUUGCAUCGUUCCAUAAAUGUCCCAGCCGUCCCGGGGACAUCGCGUCAACCUCCGAUCCACUUUUGCGAAGAAUUAGGCGAACGAUUCGCGUCCGUGGACAGUGUCUGAUGAUGGUUGAAGGCGCCACUUUCGAAACGUUACCUUGCAUUUACUUUUAAGUUGUCAGCAAUAUUAUCGAGAAAACAGGGUCUGAAUAUUGAUCUAUCUAAUCGACUGAAUUAGUUAUGAGUUUAAAUUAUGCAUACAUUUUUCCAUAUUAGUUUUCAAAUUUCAACAAAAUUGAAAAUUAGUUUUUAGAAAGAAAUUGUGCAUUUGUCUUUAACAAAAUUGAAAAACAAUGCCUUUUAAAUUAUAAAAUAAGUCUCAAAAUACAGGUAGUCAUUAUUUUCUUUUUAGUCAAACUUUUUUGCUCAUUUUAUUGUGAGAGAGGAUCUACAUUACUUUGACCGUUCUUCAAAAACUGUCUAAGAAACGUAAUUCGCUUCAUAUUGUGGCUCUUGUUCAACUUUUUUUGGAAACUGACAUGUCAACAGCACUUAAUCCCCCCAACUUUUAAAUAAAAAACUAAUAUCAUUUCACAAUUCAAUGGAAUUCGAAUCGUUAACCGCCUGUAACUUGACACGACUGAGGGAUUUGAGCCAGCACUGACGUUAGUUGUAGCGAUUGAGCGUGCAAUUAUACAACGCGAAAAAUGGCUUCUCGUAACUUCGCAAUGAGCUAAUCUCGCUAUAAUAAAACAACCCCAAUUUCGAGAUGGUCAACAACAUCGGCCAGGUUGAAAGUUCUAUUUUGUUUUUUUUUAGAUUUUGUUAGAUUUAUCAAGAUUCUUUUCACGCAAAUAGUUGGUUAAAAAAAUUUCUUCAUGUAUUCCUUUCAUGAUUUUUUGAGUGUAAUGAGUACUUUCAUUACAUAAUACAAACAAAUAUUGCUUGGCAAAAAACAAAAUAGGAUAUUCUCACAUUCCAAUUCGAUGAUGUUGUCUAAAGUAUUGUUAGUUAUUGUUCAAUUUUAACUUACUUUGUUCUCCAAUAAACAUAUUGGUGAUUUGAUAUUUGUAAUAUAUCACUAUCACAGUUUGUUUCAGAAAUUGAUUCCAAUGAUAAAGCUACAUGAAACUCUAGCUAAUGACAAUUUUUUUUCCUAUUACGUUUUUAAAAUUUGUUUGUAGGUACUUGAAAAACAUGGCUUCAAUUUUAUGAGAACUUUCAACCAUCAAUAAUUUUUAUAAUCCAACUUUAAAACCUAUAUUUUCUCUUCUUAUCAAAUCACAUAAAAUAAUUAGUAAUUUGAUUUUUCCACUUGAAAUAUUGAUUACUUAUGAUCCAGAUGAAUAACACAAGUUUGUUAUAUGGCUUUUAAUAUAUUCUAAACAACAUUUGAAACAAUAUCUAGUAUAUUCUUUUGAAUUAUGUAGUUGAAACAAUGCAGUAGUUUCCACCGGGUGUUAAUUAUCAUAUGUGACGCUAAUUAGAUUUGAUUAAUUUAUUUAAAACCUUUUCGUGGAUUGUAUAUUGAUGAUAUUCAAAUAGUACUGUUUGGAAUCCACCACACGUUGUACACGCACCACCUUCCAUUCUAUGUUUUACCUCUUCAAGUAUCGAAUAAAACAAUUGGUGUUUCUUAUGGCUACACAAAAUUUGACACCGUAAUUCUAUUGAAGCUGGCCGGAAACUUUUUUUAUGCGCAUUCUUCAUUGUUAAAAUUUUUCAUAAUAUUACAAACCAUGGUAGAAAUUUCUCGUUGGUAUGAUGAAAUAUUUGAUAUCAGUUAAGAUGGAUAUACUGAUAUAGGAAUCGUUUCCUUUGCAUGGUUUGGAUUGGAAUGUUCAAACGUUGCUUCUCUGGAACAAUUAUAUCAGUAAGGGAAGAGUAUAAUUGCAGCUGCAUUAUUCCCAGUCGUCGGUAAUUUGCCUGAAGGAUGACACCUACUCCGUUUAAAUUGAGCUAUUUUUUCUCUGUAUUUUAUGGAAGCUCAACCCAAAUGAUUAAAUAGUUAUUCACAGUUUAAUAAAUGUUUUUGUAGCAUCAAAUGUUGUUCUUAAUUUGUUUACGCAUCUGUUUGUUUCCGGCAAGUUUUCUCAAACUUUCUCAAACUCAAACUUUCGUAUAAUCUGAUCUUCUUGGCAAUAUUUUCUCGCUGGAUCUCCAAUCUGUUAUUUUUCUCAUUCCCUGUAGUAGUAUUUUUGAUUUAAUUGUGUUAACUAUAUCCUCAUUUUCUAAUAUAUUCUUGGUCCAUGAAUUUUCUCAAUUAUUAUUCUCAGUUGUUUUUGAUCCAUAUUUGUUAGACUAGACCAGAAAUUGGCAAGAGGCAAUUCGAGCUCUAGGAAACCCAAAGACAUCUCAAGGGUAGCGACGCCAAGAAUCUAUAGGAUAGUUAUACGUGAAGAGAUGAGAUGCAUGUAAGAUAGGAGUGUUAAAAUUUUUUUAAAGGAUAUAAGUGGACCAAGAUGAAUUGAGAAGAAGAACGAGUAGAUAUACAGAUUAGAGGAUUAUAUGGUCAGGCAGAGAUCGGCUAUAGCGAUAAAAAGACUGCGUUUGCUGAAGAGUUAAGAUGGAAGGAAAUAGAUCGAUGGAAAGAGCAUUGACAAGUGAAGAAGACGCAAACAAGAUGACGUCCAUGCAAAACGAAUUGAAGAGUAACAAUUUAGCGACUUUAAGGUAUAAGACUAUGAGGCCUACAGUGCUUUGUUGUGUUUCCGCAGUUUAUGUAACUACUGGUUUUAUUUUGAAGACAUAUAUGAUAUAGCGAAGUUUGAAGUAAUACAUCUAUUUUAGUAGAAUUAACAACACGCUCAAGUGAGGUAUAGAAUUCUCAACAUUGUGUGUUUCUUAUUACAUUGAAUGUAAAGGACGCCAUCGAAUUUCUAUUGGAAAAUCUCAUACACUGACAGACUGAGAAACGUGGCUAAGAAUGAUAACUUGUGACAAUCUUUAUUCCUAGGCUUUUAAACCAUCGAGGGGCAUUAUUUAUCAGUUUUAGAGGAAACUUUUUAGUCUCUUUAUAUUUAUAUAAUUUAUAUCAAAAUAUAAUAUUAUAUAAAACACAAUUUCUGAAUCUGUAACGAUCUUUUGCACAUUAUAUCGACGUUCUCGAUUUUUUUUUUGGAAAAAUAUAUGUAAUAACAACAUUUAAAUGAUUGUUAUGACUGUGACUAAUUCAGUAAGUUGAGAAUAGAUUGAUUUCAAUUGAAGUAACCGUUAAAUGUUCAUAAAAGUGCUAUUCUACUUUGGAGUGCCAUUCCACGAUACCGCGUCACCGAUAUUUUCGGCAUUUGAAGAGAUUUACUAAUCGUAGUCUCAUAACCAGCAAUUCUUGUUAUAAUUCGACAUAAUAUCGCAAACUCAUUAAUUAUUUGUAUUCAAUACUCAACUUGAACAACUGUUCAUUAAACAAAUUAUUGCUUAAAACAAUGAAAUCCACUCUAAUCAUAUGUAUGAAGUUGUUGAAAUUUUGCUUGAUUUUAGAUCUUUUCUGACUGAAAUUUGAUUUUUAAAAAAGGUUAAAAAUUUGAACUAUGAAUUGUAUUCGAAUUGUUUGAGUAUUUGUCGUCAAUUUUUAGUAGUUUUAUGAACUAAUUUCUAAUCAGAAGAGAUCUAGAAUAAAUACAUUUUAACAUCAAAUUAUAAUAAUAUGAAUAUUGAUUGAGGAUAUUGUUAAUUCUAACUGAAAUGGUGUCUUUCUGUGAUAAAAUUAGUGAAUUAUGGAAUAUAAUGCAAAUGUCUGUUUUGUCUACUGUCACGAGGAAACUAUUGAUUACUUUAUCAUAAUAAGAUGAAACUUUGAUUGUCAUAUCUUCUUUUUCGAAAAAAUCUGCAAUAGAUUCACUAAUCUCUAGAUUAAAAAUUAGAAAUUCUUAUGGGAUUCAUCAGCAUCCUUCACCUUCACCUUCACAUUCAAAGACAAUUAAAUAAUAUAGAAACAUGACUAAAUGUGUGGUGAAUCAAAACUAAUGAAUCAAUAUCUGUCCAAGGGACAUUUACAUUGAGAAGAGGCCAGACCAGUGUCCUCCAGUUUUUUCAAUAAACCAAUUUUGAUGUAUAAUUUCCUGCUAUCGAAAUAUGCUAGUGAAUCAAAUACAAGUAUCAUCCAAAGGAGUCAAUCCAAAAUUUUACAUAUUAUAUGGUACGUUUCAAACCAAAGUUUUCAUGAAUAAUUAAAAAUACUUGACAUACAAAAGUAAUCGCAGAUCAAUGUAAAAAACACUGAAAAAGACUGCACAUCAAUCCCCUAUUCUAUCCACCCUCAGAACUCUAGCUGGAUGAAGUAUCAGAAGAAACUCGUUGAACUGAAAGAUGGUGGAAAAGGUGAUAUCACUGGAGACGACUGCCAGUAGGACUUCGCUUACAAGCCAACCAACUGUAAAGUUUUGAUUUCUUACAAAACAAAAUUAUAUAAAAACAUAUCCUGCAAAUACUACACACGAUGUUUUAGUCGAUCUAGGAAAUUAUUCAAACUACGACACUGAAAUUUGUCUAUUCAUUUGUUCCAAUAGCCACAAGAUGAUAGUGUUUUUGCUUUUGAAAAUUAAUUAGCAUUAUAUUUUUAUAAUGACGAUGAUGAUAAUUUAAGACUCCAUUAUUCAUUAGAAUGAACUGUUAAUAUUAUUAUCACGCUGUUAUCAUGAGCAUUCACUUCAAAAUUUAAACAAACUUUUUCAUUAUAUAUAAAUAUUUAUCAUAGUUUAUAACGCAUAGAAAUUAAUACGAUCUUUUCUCUGCUGAUACUUUAGAUCAUGGAAAUAGCUAAUUCAGUGUUAGUUUGCUAUAUUUCCAAUAAAUAGCAGGGAUAUAUGAUUCUUCUUAUAGAAAGACAAUUCCAUCUAAAAUAAAAAUCCUCAAAUUUGGAAAUGUGAGUUUGCGAUAUGAAUUUUAUUUGAAAAUAAAGCAUACAAUCCAAUAUGACAAUAAAAAGUAGGUAAUAAUAGUAAAUUCAAAAUUUAUAUACGUACAAUUGUGUUUAAGUUGGAAUUUCUGGAA